AUGAGGGGAUUGAUUCGAGAAGUAAUAUAUGCAGAAGAUGAAGCAACGUAUAAUGUUAGAUACGAAACAUACUCCGAAAUUGUUAAUCAUUUAAAUAAGAAUGAAUUGGUUGAUCCUCUUGAUAUGGAAAAAUGGAUCAAUCUUGGCAAAGAGGAAUUCAAAUCCAAAAUCGCACGAUUUAAGAGAGAUGUCAAAAUCAUGCCUAGCAAUCAUGCGGAAGGUAAUCACGGGAGCUUGAAUACCAAAAUGAAGGAGAUUUCAAGCAAAAACAAACUUUUGAAGUUCCAAACAAUGAUUGAACAUAUAAUGUCGAGAUUUAAUCAAAUUGAUGAUCCAAAAAAUGAUAAUGUAAUGAAACUUUAUAGAAAAUUGAAAAUUUCGGCAAUUAAAAAUAAAGUCGAACAGCAUUGUAAAUGCAACUGCAACAUGGAAAAUGUUUAUAAACUAUAUGGUGUUCAUAUUCCAUGUAUUCAUAACAUCUUAGAUGUAAAACCGGCCGAUUUAGAAAAACCUAAAGCAUUUCAUAUUGGAAAAUUGGAAUUCAAUAGUUCGAAGAAUAUUCUAGUUUAUGAUGAUGAAGACAAUCCGAUAGGAAAGGGUGAUCGGAAAAAUGAACAAUGCAAAAUUUCGGCUCGGAAAACAUUUACAACCAAAGUUGAGAACGAAAUUUACUUGUAUGAAGAACAAGUAACUCCAGAUAUAGGAGUUAAAAGUCUUGUUCAACGCAUUUUAAAUCUUCCGUCAAUUGACAAGGCAACAAGUUUCAUGUUUAAUCUUGGGAUGAACAUCGAUUAUGAUACAAUUCAGGCAAUUCAUUAUAUAUCAUCAUUAAGAAAAACACAUCCAGAAGUGAUAGAUUUGGCAUUAAGUAAUGCAUAUCUUCCGGAAGAAUCAGAUGAAUAUCAGCAAAACAAAGACAUGAUUUCAAAAAUUAUCGAAGAAGUUUUUGAUAAUAAAGACAAGGAAAGAGAUCCGGAUUUUGUUGUAAGAAGGAAGAGGAAAAAUGGUUUGUGA